GUGUGCUGCUGCCCGGAAGCUCUGGAGAGGCAGCCCGGCGCCGGAAGCGAGCGGUCCGGAGGCGCCGCCGGGAGCUGCCACGUCCGAGCCCGGGAGUCGGCGCCACCGCAGCGAUGGUGUCGGUAAUUAACACUGUGGACACGUCCCACGAGGACAUGAUUCACGACGCCCAGAUGGACUACUACGGCACCCGCCUGGCCACCUGCUCCUCCGACAGGUCUGUCAAGAUCUUCGACGUGCGCAACGGAGGGCAGAUCCUCAUCGCCGACCUCCGGGGCCACGAGGGCCCCGUGUGGCAGGUGGCCUGGGCCCACCCCAUGUACGGCAACAUCCUGGCGUCCUGCUCCUACGACCGCAAAGUCAUCAUCUGGAAAGAGGAAAACGGCACGUGGGAGAAGACCCACGAACACGCGGGACACGACUCCUCAGUGAACUCUGUGUGCUGGGCCCCCCACGACUAUGGGCUGAUCCUGGCCUGCGGGAGCUCGGACGGGGCCAUCUCCCUGCUCACCUACACGGGGGAAGGCCAGUGGGAAGUGAAGAAGAUCAACAACGCCCACACCAUCGGCUGCAACGCCGUCAGCUGGGCCCCUGCCGUGGUCCCCGGCAGCCUCCUGGACCAGCCCUCGGGCCAGAAGCCCAGUUUCAUCAAGAAGUUUGCCUCGGGCGGCUGCGACAACCUCAUCAAGCUGUGGAGGGAAGAGGAGGACGGCCAGUGGAAGGAGGAGCAGAAGCUGGAGGCCCACAGUGACUGGGUUCGAGACGUGGCCUGGGCCCCCUCCAUCGGCCUGCCCACCAGCACCAUCGCCAGCUGCUCCCAGGACGGCCGCGUGUUCAUCUGGACCUGCGACGACGCGUCGGGCAGCAUGUGGUCGCCGAAGCUGCUGCACAAGUUCAGCGACGUGGUGUGGCACGUGAGCUGGUCCAUCACCGCCAACAUCCUGGCCGUCUCGGGCGGCGACAACAAGGUGACGCUGUGGAAGGAGUCGGUGGACGGACAGUGGGUUUGCAUCAGUGACGUCAACAAGGGCCAGGGGUCCGGGUCCGCGUCGGCGUCGGCCGCAGACGGCCAGCAGAACGAGCAGUGACCCCGCGCCUGCCGCCCGCGAACAGGAAACCACACGACUUGAUCUAGUAUCUUAAAAUAUUUUUGGCCAUUUUUACGUGUCUUUGGGCUUCAGCAUUAUUGGGGGGAAGCUGUUUCCAAAGCAAAUAAACUUGUAUUGCUAAUAAUC